CGCGUAGUGAACACGUAAAAUCGCGUGACAAGCACGUACCCGGUGGGAUCUUACACUUCGCGAGUUUGAGUUCAUCAAUCAUCAUGGAAGGGUUCCUGCACCACAUGGCACCUCAGUUUCUCCAUCCAGCAUUGCAAAGCUUCGGAUGUGGAGCGUUUCGGCCGAUAGGUGGCGCAUUUCAUCCACUAUACCCGGGAAAAGCAUUCGCUAGGCAUCUAGGCGAACAGUAUGCGCUUGGGCAAAGCGUAGGCCAGGCUCUAAGGAUGUGUUGUGUACAACAGCAGAGCGUGCGGGAUGAGAGUAACACCCCCCCGCUGUACCGGCACGGGUACGGGGCCCGGGAUGACACCAGCUCGCCAGGGUCCGCCGCGUCCGCCUCCCCGCGCCCCUGCAAGGACGACGACCCCCCCGCGGCCGCAACCUGCACGGACUCACACGACUUCUUCACUCCGGACGGCGAACGCAAGUCAUCGUGCGGAGUGUGCGGCGCGCGGCUCGGGCCAGGAGUGGCGCAGGCGCACUUUCUGCAGGAACUACAACACCUGUACAGCUUGAGCGCUCUGCCGCGCGACACCACGCCUUCCUCGCACUCGCUGCAUCAUCAGGAUGAAGACGCGCGUUGGGAGACAUACCAACGCAUCCGCGCGAACCGCCAGCGUCGCUUGAAGCUGCGCACUCGCAAGCGCCACCACACUGUGGAGAGUAUGCUGGGCUACGACCUAGACGAGGAUAGGCGAGAGGAGCGUCCGCGGGAGUCGCGCACUUAUGACGCUGAGGACGAGCCCGUGGACGUUGAGGGUGACUCGCUCGGCUGGCCGGACGCGCCUAUCAAUGUUGACGAAAAAGAGCACCGAAGCGACAGUGAGAAGCUACACCUGAGCUAUGCCGAGGACCUGGAGAUCUCCAGCACCAACGACACAGUGCAAUCACCUGAACGCGUGAGGAUUGAGACACCGAAGCCCUUGUCUUUGGAGUGCGCAAAGACCGCGGAGCCAGCGGAGCGUCCGGCAGAGGUGACCACAUCGGAGCCGUGGCCCACUGUGACCUCCGUGGCCGCGCCCCCCGCUGAUGCAUGGCCUGCGCUCGCCGCCGAGGCCUAUAUCCAAGCCACUCGCCACAAGAUGGAGGGCGAAAACCUACCCUCUUCUACAGACUCACGCAACUAAAUCAUUUUUAAAGCUAUUCAAAACAAAAACAUUUCCUUUACUUAACAUUACCUUCUGCGCUUCGAAUUUUUUUUGUCCGGUUGGUUCUGGAGUACCAUGGCAUUACGCAUCGCAGUGCUUAUUACUUUUACGAUUACUGGAAUUUUGGAACUAUUUUUUAAAUAUUUCCACGUGAUACCGCACCCCUUACCUACUGUAGAGAGAAACUCAUUAAAUCGUGGGGACUAGUUGUCAAAUCGAUAAAAUCUGGUAAAACAAUAGGUACCUAGUACCUACCUAAUGUACAACUAGAUCAUGAUUACAUAAUCAUCACAACCAAUAUCCAGGUAUAUUCAUGAUAUUCCUCUUCGUAAGAUUAUCGUUUAUAUUCAAUGUAUAGGUAAGAGACAAACAGUUUUGUUUUGAAUAGCAAAUAGUGAAUUAAUCUUGAUGUAUGUGUAAAUACGUAGAAUGUCGUGGACUACACAGUUUCCUUAUAAGUAGUAAUAAGUUAUUGGUUUCACUUCGCAGCGAGAUGUUCUUUAGCUAUUCUGAAAUUCGUAAAAAAAUGUAAAUAUAUUUAAGAAUUAGAUUCUGUUCACCUAAAAUUUAAGUGUUUUAACCAAAGUGACUGUACUCUUACUUAGCUUCACUGUUAAGGAAUUUAUUAAUUUCGUUUUUGUUUUCUGUAGCUAAUUGUUGAUGUUAUAUUUUUUAUGUAAAUAUUAAAAUCUUCAAACUAUUAUAACGUUAACCAAUUGUAAAAUAUUGUCUAAGGCAACAUUCAUCUUUUAAGAUACCUACAUAAGUAAACAUUUUAAAAUUACAAUGAAACUUGAAUGUGCAUGUUAGA